CGCACCACCGCGGUUCUGCAGAAGAGCCACCCGUCCGUCGAAUUGGUCAUUCGGUCGCGAAGGUGUCAAAAUAUUGGAACUUUUUUUCGUGUGUGUUUUUGAAAAAUUAUUUUGGACCAAUCUGCUUUUCGGUUGCGGGAUUUCCGCAAGUGGACAAACGUCGGGCGCGGUGUCCUCGCGAAAGCUUCGUCGUGCCACGGUUCGGUCGCGGUUUGACGGGCGGAAAAUUGGACUCUGCAUGAAAUUGGCAAUAUUUUGAAAAUUUUUGCUCUGCAAAAAAAAAGAACGAAGAGAAGUGGUUCGCAACUCUUUGUGCGUGUGUGCGUCUGUGCUGACAUUAAAGUUCUUGAAGGACCAGUUCUUGGAAUAACAUUAUUGGUCCGUUCACCGUUCUGCAGCUGGAGGAAGGUUCUUCUAAACUAGUUUUACUUCUUUGAUUGAGUGUCCUUCCAGCGACGGAAUGGCGGAACCUGGCGUAGCAUCGCCACCUCCAAACCCUCCGCAGGAACCUGCCCCGGGGCUGGGAGGAGGAGGAGGAGGAGGGCCAGGGCCAGGACCAGCACCGCCCGAGGCAAACAAUGCCGCCAACAAUCCGAAUCCGCCGCCGCCGCAGCCGCCGCCGAGGAUGCGGAACAAUGCUCAGAAUCCGCUGAUUAACGUCCGGGACCGGUUGUUCCACGCGCUGUUCUUCAAGACGGCCAUCGCGUACGCCCAGAUGGUGCCGAAACCGGUCCGGCGAGCCAUCGAGCUGAUCAUGCUGCUGAAGGCGCUGGCCGCCUUCUUCAUCCUGGUGUACAUCCACGUGCACUUUUCGCAAACCCCGACGACCUGCCUGGAGCACGUCAAGAACGACUGGCCCCGGGACGGCAUCGUGAGAGUGGAAAUCAUCCGCCACAACCCGAACGCCCCCUCGCCCGUAACGAGCAGUCUGGCCGUCGACCCGAAAGCGCUGGACCCGGACCUGCUGGACGACGGCAACGGGAACAUGCUGCGCAACACGCACAAAAACGGCAUGAUCAGCAUCGACCCGUCGACGACGUUGCCCCACGAGCAGCAGGACCAGAACCAAAACCCGGAACUGCCCCUGCAGAGCUACGCCAACAGCAGUCCGUGGGCCGCGUCCCAGCAGCCCCAGCAGUCGCAAACGUCGGAGGUUUACCAGCCGUCGGCGUUGGUGGAGACGGCGGGUCCGCAGAUUGAAAGUACCCAGUUUGUGGGGGCGGCGACGGCGAGCAAGGUCGAGCCGGACAAGGUCGUCGUCGUUGAGGAGGAGGAAGAAACGAUGACCGAGGAGCAGCGACUGCAAAAGGACUACGGGGAAAGUGUAGUUAUCUACACUAAUGAGACGAUUUUGAAAAAUUUGGAAAAAAUGAAGGACGAUCCGGUGCAGGCGGACGGACUGAGGACCGAUGUGCCGGAAAUGGAGAAGCUGAAGAAUGCUGUGUGGACCGAGGAGCAGUACAUCGUCGAGUACUCGCUGGAGUACGGCUUUCUGCGCCUCUCGGCCGACACCCGCCAGCGGCUCAACAUCCCGGUGCACGUGGUCCGGCUCGAUCCGCACGAGGACAAGUGCUUCGGCGAUUCGUUCUCGCGCUUCAUCCUGAAGGAGUUCCUCGGCUACGACGACAUCCUGAUGGCCUCGGUCAAGGUGCUGGCCGAGCAGGAGGACAACAAGGGCUACCUGCGGAACGUGAUCACCGGCGAGCACUACCGGUUCGUGUCGAUGUGGUGGAUGUCGCGCAGCUCGUACUUUGCGCCCUUCUUCAUCAUGCUGCUUUUUACCUUGACCAUCUCGAUGCUACUGCGCUACUCGCACCACCAGAUCUUUGUUUUUAUCGGUAAGUACAAACAAUUGGUCUGAUGGUAUGGAUGUAACGGUACGGCCUAGGUUAGAAGAGAAGGGCCUUGUAGGAAACUUAAUU